AUGACUUCAAGUAUGAUUGGUGGGCUAAUUUCAAGUGAUAUUCAUAAUAAGGCUUUGACAUCGGUUGGUGAGGUGGUUUGUGAUUUCAAGGACUAUUAUGGAACAGAAGUUUCUUAUCGGCGAGCUUGGAUGGGUGUUGAAAAAGCAAGAGGUCUUAUUUUUGGUGACUAUUCAUCAUCAUUUGACGACCUUCGUUGGUAUGUUGAUGCCGCUAAUGAUUGUAAUCCAGGGAGUGUUUUGAUAUGGAAUUUGAUGUUGAUAGUAAAGGAAGGAAAACACAAAGGUUAUUUAUUAGCUGUUACGGCAAAAGAUGGUAACCAAGGUUUCUAUCCGUUAUGUUUUGUCAAUGUUGAUAGUGAAAGUUAUGACAGUUGGCAUUGGUUCUUGCCAAAGUUAUUUGUUAUUUUGACUCUGGGGAGGGAUGUUGCGUUUGUUACUGAUCGGCAUGGUGGAUUGCUGAAAGCUUUAGCUGUGGUCUUUCUGUUUUCUUCUCAUUCUUUUUGUCUAAUGCAUUUGAAGACAAACUUGAAGACUUAUUUGUUAGUGAAGAGUCGUAAAUCUAAAGAGUUUUUGCUUACUCUUUUUAGUAGAUGUGCAUAUGUUCCUACUAUUGAGUUGUUUAAUGAGCUAUUUGCAGAAUUUAAGGGUUGUUGUGGUCGUUGUGGUCGUAGUGUUAAGAAGUUUCUUGAGGAUUUUCCUAAUGAGUGUUGGUAUAACGCUUAUUUUCAAGGCAAGAGGUAUGGUGAAAUGUGCACAAAUGCUGCAGAAUCUUUUAAUUCAUGGAUUAGGGAUGAACAGAAAAAGUUGGAAGAAGCUUUUAAUGAUACAAAAGAAUGGAUAGUUAAGAAAUGUAGCGAUGAUAUUUAUGAAAUCCAAUUGGAUCAUUCACUUAUGGUUGAUAUUGGGAAACAUUCUUGUUCUUGUCGAUUGUGGGAAAUUGAUUCUUUCCCUUGCAAACAUGGUUUUUAUGCUAUAAAGAUGUGUGGAAAGGAUCUGAAUUGUUUUCUUGAUGAUUACUAUCGUGUUAGUAGUUAUUGUGAUUCUUAUUCACAUUCUAUCUGUGACAACCCUCACCUCUGA